AUGACGAAAAAAGUACUGUCUAUUCAAUCGCAUGUAGUUCAUGGCUAUGUUGGAAACAAGGCUGCCACGUUUCCCUUGCAAUAUCUUGGAUGGGACGUGGAUGCUCUCAACACGGUUCAAUACUCGAACCACCCCGGCUACGGUCAUUUCAACGGGUUUCGAUCCCAGGCCAAAGAUCUCCGCGAUAUCAUUGAAAAGGGCCUUUUAGAAGGUCUACAGCUCAAAUACGACGCAAUUCUCACCGGAUAUCUACCAGACCCAGAAGCACUGUGUGAAAUCGGCGAAGUGCUCGGCAAUUUAUGUGAAAGUGACGCAAAUAUCAAGUGGGUUCUGGAUCCCGUUCUGGGCGACAAUGGCAAACUGUACGUGUCCCCGGACGCCAUUCCAGCCUACAAGAGUAUUCUCUCUCGAGGAAAUGUGUAUUUGGCUACCCCAAACCAGUUUGAAAUGGAAGUCUUGACUGACAUCCAAAUUACAGACCUUCACACUCUGAAGCUUGCCAUAACACGAUUCCACGAAUUAUAUCCCAAAAUUCCGCAUGUGGUUGUUACGAGUGUCACUUCGCACUCGUUCAGCGAUAAUGCCAUCAUCUGCGCCUGCAGCGAACGCUCGAAUCCCGCCUCAACCUGCUAUUUCAGCAUUCCCAAGAUUGACGUCCAGUUUAGCGGCAGCGGAGAUUUGUGCAGUGCACUGCUAUUGAAUGCGCUUCUACGGCAAGCUCCGGACCUUCCUCGAGCCGUCAACGAGGUUUUGUCACUGGUUGACAAGAUUUUGUUAAGAACCCUAGAGCUGGAAAAACAGCAAAAUUCGUCCGAAGAGAAACAUCCAAAAAAGAUAAACGACCUUAAACUGAUAGAAUCUCGGGAUCUCCUGGACGACAGGCCGCAACUCAAGUAUACACCAAUGCCUUUAUAG